GAAGUUUGUCCUAACUAGGGUUUUCAAUUUGAUGAUAUUUUGAUCUCUUCUCUUGCACCCAAAAAGGUGCUUGCUUUCCUGCCCUAAAGCCGCAUCUCCUAACAUCUUCAGCCGUGUAAUGGGGAAGAAGAAAUCCAAAGAACGAGAGGCAAGCCAAGGAGGUGGCCCCGUAUCAUCUCAGUCGGAUAUCUUUAAGACUCUGUUCGGCAACGUUGAGGAGCAAAAUGCCGCUGCUUCGUCCCUCUUCUCAGAUAGCAACCCCUUCAGAAGGAAACCUCAGGAAGCAGUUUUAGCCUUCGUUUCAACUGAAUCCACCAAAGUGCCUGACGGAAUUGAUUUAUUGGACGCUGGUAACGCAGAGUUGAAGCAGCCAAAGAGAAAGAAAGAGAAGGAGAAAUAUAAAAACCGUAACUUGGGUUCCGAUGAAGAAGCUGCAGCAACUGAGAGUCCCUCGGAAGCUAAGAAAUCUAGAAAAAUGAAGACUUUGGAUUCUGAAUCGAAGAGUAAAGCAUUGAAGGAAGAAACCCAAAAGCUUAAUGUGGGUCUCGAGUCUAAUGGGGAUUUGGAAAGGAAAGAAAAGGGGGAAAAACCAAGUUCGGAUUUUGAUAAGAAUGCACUAGAAAGCCGAAAGAACCCAGGUUCAGUGAAGGGGAGGGAGAAAAGGAAGAGGGAUGAGUUGGAGAGGGAGUAUGAGAUGAGGAAAUAUGGGAAGGCGCCAGCAGAGGACGAGGGAGGAUUUGGGGGGAAAGUUGCGGGACAGAAGAGGAAGAAGGCAGAUGAUGAUGAUGAAGUGGAUGCAUUGCUUCCCAAGGAAGGGUUUGAUGAUGAGAAUAAGCUCUUAAGGACUGUGUUUGUAGGGAAUCUGCCACUGAAUGUGAAAAAGAAGAUGUUGAUGAAAGAAUUCAGCAAGUUUGGAGAGGUUGAGUCUGUGAGGAUUCGUUCUGUUCCACUGGCUGAUACCAAGAAACCAAGAAAGGGAGCUAUAAUGCAGAAGAAAAUUAAUGAAAAGGCUGACAGUGUUCAUGCAUACGUUGUUUUCAAAACAGAGCAAUCUGCAGAGGCUUCUUUGGCCCAUAACAUGGCUGUGGUUGCAGGAAAUCACAUCCGUGUUGACAGGGCAUGCCCACCUAGGAAGAAGUUAAAAGGGGAGAAUGCUUUACUUUAUGAUAACAAGAGGACAGUGUUUGUUGGUAAUCUGCCAUUUGAUGUGAAGGAUGAAGAAAUUUAUCAACUAUUUUGCAGUAUCAAUAAUCUCGAAUCCAGCAUUGAAGCUGUUCGUGUAAUUAGAGAUCCUCAAUUCGGAAUGGGCAAGGGUAUUGCCUACGUCUUGUUCAAAACUAGGGAAGCUGCAAAUUUGGUCCUUAAGAAACGGACUUUAAAGCUUAGGGAUAGAGAACUUCGGCUUAGUCAUGCUAGACCAGAUUCCACACCAUCCAAGAGAAAGAACCUAUCAAAUGGAGAAACAGCUAAUUCCCCAGCCAAGAAGUUUGUUGUGGAUUCAAGGAAUUCCUCAGGCAAUAAGAACAAAUCAAAUUCAAAGGCUACUAUGUCAUACCAGGGUCUGCGUGCAAGCAAAUCAGAUGUCAACAAGAAAGUUCAUUCAAAGGGCAACAGCUCAGCGAAAGCAAAAUUUACUACCUCAAGUGGUGAGAAACCAAAAGAAAGGAAGACUAAAAGGCCUGCAGUUGCAGCAAGAAAGGCAAAGGCAAAUGCAGGUGCUUUAAAACAAGUGGGUGCAAAACGGAAGCUAGACAACCGCACUCAUGAGAGUAGUGCCCACAAGAAGAAGGCCAAAAGAAGAUUGUGGUAAUAGGUCAGGCAAAAGGAAAAAGGGUCAAUUAGAGCAUUGCUUAAGCUGAGAGGUUUACCAAGUAUUGGUUCUUAUUUCUUUAUUUAUUUAUAUUUUGCUAAGGGAAAGGCUGAACAUUUAAAACCAUAAUCGUGCUGGAAAAUCUAUUUUAAAAGAGAUGACUCAACUAAUUAAGAAUUUGAGAUUUCAAGUUGAAAAUCUCAAGAUCAAACCUUAAAUCAAGUGGAUAGAGAUUUGAGACCUUAAGUCAGGUGAAGCGAGAUUUGAGAAAAGGAGAUGAUUAUUUCUCUUGUAUAAUGAACUAUGACAUUAUUCAUCAAAAGAGCAUGUAUCUGGCUUUUUCGGCCACAUCAAAAGAGGAUUGGUGUUUGUCCAUACUGAGAGAUCAUUGGCUGCAUCUUUACUGAUAUGCAUUUAUCAUUUUUCUUUCCAGGUAAUAAAAGCGUUACCACCAGGCUGUUACUAGAAAGGGAUUCACACAAGGUGCUCCUUUUCUUAAUUGAUGCAAGUUCCAUUAUGUACAUAUUUUGCCAGUUAAA